ACUUCCGAGCGUUGGAACAGUACGUAGCCGCCUACCCGCCCUCCUUUCGAUUCAACCAAACUUGAGCUGCAGCUGACAGGGAGUAUAUAGCUUUUGACGUUCGGCGCUUCAUGCUGCGGUGCAGCUACAUGCUCUGCGAUAUGUAGUGCAUGUGGGAAGUUCCAGAGCAGGUAUGGGACAUUAUUUUGAGAAACUCGGCUUCUACGCCAUCAGGGUAACUAAUCGUUUGUUUUAGCAUGGCCACUCGAAUCGCAUACGCCUUCAUGCUCCUGAUAAACUCCAUUCUAUCCUGGGUUAUGCUCACUCGAUGGGCGCUUAACAAGCUUGAACACCUUACUUUCGACUUCUUACCUAUAACGUGUGAUGGCCAGAAGUGUCAUGGCUGGGUUGCUGUCCACCGAAUUAACUUUGCCUUGGGUCUCUUCCAUAUCAUACUCGCUGUACUUCUUAUAGGCGUUCGGUCUACGAAAGACGAACGAGCAAAGCUACAAAAUGGAUUCUGGGGGCCAAAAGUCAUCAUCUGGCUUGCAUUUAUUGUCUUGUCCUUCUUCAUCCCGGAGAGCUUCUUCAUCGUAUGGGGGAACUACAUUGCUUUUGUCGGAGCAAUGCUCUUCCUACUCCUCGGCCUUGUCCUCUUGGUCGACCUGGCUCAUAACUGGGCCGAACUUUGCUUGCAGAAGAUCGAUGAAACUGAUUCAAGACUAUGGAAGGGCUUGUUGAUCGGCUCUACCCUUGGAAUGUAUCUUGCCUCUAUUGCUAUGACUGUGCUCAUGUACGUCUUCUUUGCCGGUCACAACUGUGCUAUGAACAAAGCUGCCAUCACCAUAAAUCUUUUGGUCUUCCUUAUUGUUUCCUUCAUAUCCAUACAGCCAGCGGUACAAGAGUCUAACCCUCGUGCUGGAUUGGCCCAGGCUGCUAUGGUCACUAUCUACUGCACUUACAUUACCAUGUCUGCCGUGUCCAUGGAGCCAGAUGAUAAACAGUGCAACCCUCUGCUACGUGCUAAUGGCACUAGAACCGCCUCUGUUGUUCUUGGUGCAAUAGUCACCAUGUUAACAAUUGCUUAUACCACAACCCGUGCUGCCACUCAAGGAUUCGCCAUGGGAUCUAGUGCUGCUCAAAACAACUACGCAUCCCUCAGCCAGGAUGAACCUGAGCACGGUCUAGUCGUCCAGCAACCUGGGCUCACUCGUCGUGAGAUGCGCGCGGAAGCUCUUCGUGCGGCCGUCAACAGUGGCAGUUUACCUGCCAGCGCUUUGGACGACGACGAUGACGAAUCUGAUGACGGUAACUCGAAGGACGAUGAGCGAAACUCAACUCAGUACACAUACUCCCUAUUCCACUUCAUUUUCCUCCUAGCAACAAUGUGGGUUGCUACUCUAUUAACACAAAACCUCGACAUGGAAGCCCAGGACGACCUGGCCCCUGUCGGCCGCACAUACUGGGCCAGCUGGGUGAAGAUUAUCAGCGCCUGGGUGUGCUAUGCUAUAUAUCUAUGGACCCUAGUUGCGCCGGUACUUCUGCCCGACCGCUUCAACAUAUGAUCUGAUGUUUUUGCUCUAUAUUUUUUACCGGCGUUAAUUCUGGCUUUCUAUUGGUACAUACCCUACCAUAUGUCAUACCGUUCUUUCCAAGCAUAUCACGCCAUCUAUGUACUUCUGUAUUGCUGUAUCGACAGGGAAUUAACAGAAUAUAUCUUCCUCUAAU